GGUCGGCAAGAACAAGUUCAAGGAUUGCCAGGGGACCAUCUACCACUACAAUAUCCCCUACGAGGAGAACGAGGAGGAAGAACCCGAGGAGGACGAUGUAUUGGAGAUCGAGGCCGAGCCAGACUCAGAGACAGCAGCCGAGGCUGCAGCCAGCAAGGAGAAGCCGAAAGGCAAAGCUAAGACGAAGGCCGCUGCGAAGACAAAGAACAAGCCACCCGAGGCACGAGCAGAGACAUUCUACGCUGACUGGGAGUCCGGUCCGAUGAUGAAGCCGCCACCACAUAUUGCAUCGGAUCACGUGUACAGCAAUGUGUACAGGCUGCGGGGAAAGGUUCGCCAGGACUGGAUUGGAAAUUUUCGCAACCCGAAGGCCUAG